GAAUCUCAAUUAAUCAUCACAUAAGCAUCUUCACUACAAUCAAUCUAAAUUAAUUAAUUAACACUAACUAAAAACAAAUAGCCAUAGCUAGAAAGAAAAAAAAGAAGAAGAACACAAGCAUGGCCAAUCCGUUGAACCUCACAUCCAACUCAUUAUUCUUCAUCUUCACCUUAACCAUCCUCUAUGUUGCCUACACCUUCCCAAGACUCCAACCAAACCAAACCAACCUCGUUUUCUUCGUCCACGACCAUUUCACUGGCGAAGACACCACUGCAGCCACGGUCGCGGGUAAAACCGGACCCACCUCAAGCAUCCUACACUUUGGCACCGUGGCAAUAGUCGACGAUCCAGUAACAGAUGGACCCACAAUGGAUUCAACACUCAUUGGUAGGGCCCAAGGUGUGUACAUAAAUUCACAGCUUGACGGUAAAGCGUUGUUCAUGGUUUUUUCAGUUAUUUUCACAACUGGUCAGUAUAGAGGAAGUAGCUUGGAGAUUCAAGGAUCUGAUAUAUUCACAAUGAAGAAGCGAGAAUUUGGAAUUGUUUCUGGAACUGGUUAUUUUCGGUUUGUUAAAGGGUACGGGGUUAUGGAAACAGAGUUCAUGGAUUUGGUGAAUCUCAGAGCCACUCUUAAACUCAAUGUAACAGUUAAGCAUUAUUAAGAAAUUACUUCUACUAUUUUCAUUGUAGAUAUUUUAGACCUUAAAUCAUGUUAUAUAGCUUUUUCAAUUGUCGUUCCAUGAUUGCAAUGUCCAAAGUUUAAACAAGAAUUGCUAGAAUAGCAUGGUGCUGGUAGAAGUUUCAAUUGAACUGCAUUGUAUUAGUGCUGAGCUCUGUAUAGACAAGUCCCACAUCGCUGAGUAGAAAUAACAAACGCCCAGACAUAGUUAUAAAUAACGCGUUUGAACAUCUGUAAUAGCAUACCUUUCUCGGCCUUUUGGCUAAGAUCAAGUGUAGUAUCUGUUCUUAUCAGUUUAAUAUCUGAUAUGUGGUCCAAUGGAUCACACGAUAUUAAAUUACUUUUUCGAGGGUGAGAAGUCAUUUCAGUAGCUUGCUAUUGGGCUUCUUAUGUGUCGCCUAUGCGUUGCACUAUAGCAUGGGCCUGGCGCAACCCAUUAAAAUA